AUGAAACUCCCCACUGCACAACAGGUGCAUUUCGAUAUUGAUGGAUAUCUCAACCGAUACAUCCCCCGUUCCCAGCUCUAUCGUCUCCCCCGACCGAUCUCGCGGUUUUUGGGAUAUCGCGCCUCCCCCCAGCAGGAAGUCGGCAAUGUUCUGGUCUGCGUUUGGGCCUUUAUCGGCGCCUUUGCUGGCCUGCUGCUGGUCAUGGGAGUGUUCAAGUCCAGCGAGAUGAUUCAGAGGCAUCAUCCUCCCAUCGUCAUCGCCAGUCUGGCCGCCACGGCCAUUUUGGACUAUCAAACCAUCCAAUCCCCCCUGGCGCAGCCGCGUAGUUCGAUUAUCGGACACGUUCUGGCUGCCAUCGUCGGUGUGGGAAUUACGAAACUCUUCAUGCUUCGCUCGGACUUUGAGAGCCUACGCUGGAUCGCAGGCGCCGUCUGCACCGCGGCGGCCUCUACCGCGAUGGGGUUGACCAACACGGUCCAUCCCCCCGGAGGCGCCACCGCGAUGCUGGCAGCGGUUGAUUCUACUAUCAUUGCGAUGGGCUGGUUCUUCGUGCCACUGGUCCUGAUCGGGUCGCUACUGAUGCUGGGAACCGCCUUGGUGGUCAACAACAUUCAGCGCCAAUUUCCCAUGUUCUGGUGGACGCCGCGGGUGGUCGGACGACCAAAGGGACCACCGGAUAUCGAGAAGACGUCGGAAGUUCCCGAUGGCACGAUGGAGAGAACCCUGAGUCGAGCAGCAGCAUCAUUCGGAGGGAAUACGAUCAUCAUCACGCCGCACCAUGUCGUCAUUCCCGAUGGCUUUGUAUUGGGACUCGAGGAAAAGGGGAUUCUCGAGGUGCUGCGGGACCGGCUACGUGGCCCGGAGAAUAAUAAUGAUGAUGAUUGGGGGAAUGUAGAGAACCAGAGCAGCCAUACCGAACAUACAGAAACAUAG